UUCAACGUAUCCUACAUGAGACGCGGGAGGAGAGUUUUGAGUUACUCAAAAUCUCCCGUGUCAAAUCCAAAAACGACUAGGUUUCAAACUCCUAAUCUUACGAUUCCCACCAAAAAGAUGGAUAAAGGAAGGCUGCUUUCAAACUCUCAUAUUAACUGAAUUCAUACUUCCCCGUCGUCGUCUAUCUCUCAUCCUCGCCCUCCUUAAUUCCCGCUUUCAAACCUAUCGUCCUGAUCCCUCCAGAGCAGCGGCGAUUUCACCUUCCGCUUGAUUUGACUUCGCUGUGCAGCUAUCCAGGGUUUCUCGGCGUUCACCUACAAACAGGCUAUGGAUUUCGAGCCGUACGACAGCAGUGGAACUGAUGAUGAUCUUCCUCCAUGUCAAAAUAGGAUUUCUGGAGGUGGUCGCAAUGCUGGUAAUGGAAGAUCUGCCGUCAUGAGUACUGCACCUUAUCCUAGGAUGUAUGGAGAAACUGAUAUGGAGGCUCAGAUUCACCAGCUCGAGAAAGAAGCAUAUAGUUCAGUGCUCAAAGCCUUUAAAGCUCAAGCUGAUGCAAUUACUUGGGAGAAGGAAAGUUUGAUAACUGAACUUAGAAAAGAGUUGAGAUUGUCAAAUGAAGAACACAGGGAACUUCUUAAUAGAGUAGAUUCUGAUGAUGAUAUACGAAGAAUAAGGGAGUGGAAACAAUCCACUGGACAUCAACCGGGCAUACUUAAUAAUCGCCAAACUGUUCAUGAUUUGGUACCUAGUUCAACUGUCUCAGCUUCACGGAGAAAACAUAAAACAGCCUCCGCUUUACCUUCUCAUUCCUUUGCUGGACCAUCGCCUAGUUUCCACCCAGAGCCAGUUACUGCAGCAAACCAGCGGUCUUCAUCAAUGGCAAAUAAAGGGCUUACCAUGGGGCCUAAAGGAAAAAAUCAGAAGCCUAGUAUGCCUGGUGCAUCAAAAAUGCAAUAUCCUCCUAAAACUUCUGGAAGAGGUCAGUUUGUUAAUCGGAUUUCUGAACCUGUUGAAAGUGCAUCAUUGGACCCGUUGGUUGGAAGGAAAGUAAGGACUAGAUGGCCUGAUGAUAAUAACUUCUAUGAGGCUGUCAUAACUGAAUAUGAUCCAGAAAAGGGGACACAUUGUCUUGUUUAUGACAAGGGGACUCCAGAUGCUACAAUGGAAUGGGUCAAAUUCUCUGAGAUUCCCCCAGAGGAUAUACAAUGGCUCGACGGACCUGGCCUUUGGCUCAAUAGAGCCACUGGUCAUGAUAGUUCUCCGGGCACUGGGAGAGGUAGGGGUUUGACUAAAACGCAGUCCAGAAAGGAUAUGAAGCCAUCACAGAAUGGCUCAGCUGAUAUUCGGUUACUCCAUACAGAUACGAUAAUCGAGGAGGUGGAGAGGGUGUUCAGUGCUCCACAUCCUGAACCUGUGGAGCUUGGUGAGGCAAUGGAAGUGCUGAAGGAACAUGAACAAUCAUUAAUGAAUGCCAUUGCAACGCUUGAAAUGAUCUCUGAUGGUGAAAGCGAUGAAAGCGGCCGUUACGAUCUUGAGCAAUAGAAGGAGCAGGAAUAUUGACAACAUUAUAUCAUGACAACUGUUUGUAGUUGAGGAGGGGAGGAGGUGUUUGUAUAAUCAGCAUUUGCUUGACGGCUGUCCAACAACGUAGGUUGUGUGCCAUCUUCAACAUCUUCUUUGCCGACACAAGCGGGAUUCAUGUUUUUAGCUUUAAAAGCACAUGUGGGAGUUGUAAUUAGGUGAUUGUUUCGUAGUCAAGUAUUCUUUUUUUGCUGACA